AUGAGCACAGCUAAGCCAGAUACUUUAAUAGAUUACAACGAUGCGAUCAACUACUGGACCGGAGUCCCUGCCACUGUAACAGGCGUUCUUGGCGGCUACGGUGAGGACACCAUUGUACCAACGAUGGAUGUAUUGGGUUCAAAUCAUUUUUUGAGAAAACUCAAGUCUAGGAUGGUUGCCGAGCCAGGGUAUGAGAAAAUAGGCGCAGAUAUCGGAGCAGGUAUUGGUCGUGUAACAAGGGAUAUGCUAUCAAAACACUGUAGCAAAACCGAUCUGGUCGAGCCUGUAAAGCCAUUCGUGGAACAAAUGGCUACCGAAUUGAUAGAAUUGAAAGCUAUAAACAAGAUAGGUGAAAUAUAUCAGGUUGGAAUGCAAGACUGGACGCCCGAAGAGGGUAGGUACUGGCUCAUUUGGUGCCAGUGGUGUCUGGGACAUCUCCCAGACAACGAACUGGUAAAAUUUUUAAAAAGAUGCACCAAGGGACUGCAACCAAAUGGGACUAUAGUAGUGAAGGAGAACAACACACCAACCAACCAAGAUGACUUCGAUCAGGAAGAUUCGUCUGUCACGAGGUCCGAUGCUAAGUUCAAAGAGAUUUUUGAGCAAUGUGACCUAAAGCUCAUCGCUACAGAGAGACAGAAGGGCCUCCCUCACGAAUUGUAUCCUGUCAGAAUGUACGCUCUGAAACCUAAGAAUAUUUAA